AUUUACGCUAAGAUUCUAAAGCCAAUUAUUCCACAGGUUCUAGUUUCCACCAUCUAUUUUCCCAGAUAUACAUACACACAGAUAUCUACAUAACAACAUUUUUACCUUUUUUUUUUCUCUCUAGGGUUUUCAAUUUCCGAUCUACAUUACUUACAUCUCCUGUGUGUACUUGUUUAUUCUUAUGGGGUUUUUUUGAUUUCAGUAAAGGAAGUAACUUUAUGGUGUAUAAUUGAGGUUGUUGAUGUGGGUUUUGGAAAAGUUCCAAGCUUCUCGAUGUUUUGCUUCGAUUGGUUAUUUUGUUGAAAGUUCUUGAAUAAGUAUGGUUAUGGAGGCUGGAGACCUUGAUUUUACCAACCAUGAAUUGCCUGGUGGUUCAAAUCUGGGUAAUGUUGGUGAUUUGCCUAAUGAUUGCUCGAUGGAUAGUUUCUUAGAUGACUUUCUGAAGGAUACACAUGCUUGCACUCAUGCUCACACCUGUAACCCGCCUGGACCUGAUUCGACUCAUACACACACUUGUUACCAUGUGCAUACUAAAAUUCUGCCUGCCUCGAGUGAAGAUGUGGCUCCUAGUGACGAUACUGCUGAGUCUGCGGAUAAGAAGUCGAAGAAACGGCCAUUGGGAAAUCGUGAAGCAGUUCGCAAGUAUCGCGAGAAGAAGAAGGCAAGAGCUGCUUCUUUGGAGGAUGAAGUGGUUAGACUGAGGGCCAUAAACCAACAGCUGGCAAAGAGGUUGCAGGGUCAGGCUGUGUUGGAGGCAGAAGUUGCCAGGCUUAAAUGUUUGCUUGUUGAUAUUAGAGGAAGAAUUGAAGGGGAGAUUGGGUCCUUUCCUUACCAAAAGUCUGCUAAGACUGGGGACAUCUAUCAGACCCCUAUAACUCCUAAUGUGCCCAGUGCAUAUGUGAUGAAUCCGUGUAACUUACAGUGUGAUGAUCAGGUCUAUUGCCUCCAUCCAGGGGAUGAAGGUAGAAAUGCUGAAAAUGCAGUACUUAAUGGUCAAGGCCUUACUGGUUGUGAUUUUGAAAACAUGCAAUGUUUGGGAACUCAAAACUUUGCAUCAAACGGGCUUCCUGGCUGUGAACUUGGGAGCAGUGCGCCUCCUAUCAACAUGUCCGCUACAAAUAAAAGAAAAGGUGGUGCUCGUGCAGCAAGGGCUAUUUGAAGAGCUUUUGACGAUCUGUUAUCUUGAUAUUGUGAAUGAAUACAAGUCUUUCACUGAACUUCGCCUUCAUUAUCCUCCCUAGUCCCUAUAGAUGUUAUAUAAUGCCCCUAGCUCAUCUGUUUUUUCAUUUCUUAUUUUCUUUUGGGCUUUAGCGCCUUGUAUUUUCUUGUGUCAAAGUUUAAUGUAGCUAAAUUCUCUAGUACUCUGAAUGCUAAUUGGAGGUUUGUGAAUUUAUUGUUGCCUAGUAUUGUUUUUGAA